AUGAACAAAAAAUUUUCGCCCAUAAAAGAAACGAACAUUGAAAAAGGCGCCAUCGAUAUAUUUAAGCAAAAAAUCGAAAGAAAAAAACAAAACUACCUAAGGUUCAGUUUUACAAAAAGUUACCAAAAUAGGAAGGGGGAAGAAAAUCGCAACGAUGAAGAGAACGACAGCGCAGUCUUCCCGAACGACAGCGCAGUCUGUCCGAACAUCGACGCAGUCUUCCCGAACAACAACUCAGUCUGCCCGAACAACGAUGCAGUAUGCCCGAACAACGACGCAGUAUGCCCGAACGACAACUCAGUCUGCGCAAAGAACAAAAAGGUGAUAAUCAUACAGACAUGCGACACGUACGACAAAUACAUUCUCAAUUUGCACGAUGAGGAAAGCGAGAUCGGCGAAAAAGACACCCAUGCAGAAGAAGAAAAAAAGGAAGAAAAAGAGGAAGAAAAAAAGGAAGAAAAAGGGGAAGAAAAAAAGCAAAAAAAGGAGCAAAAAAAAGAGGAAGAAACAAAAUAUAACUCCCUUCAUAAAAAAACGCAACACAAAGGUGCACACAAAAAAGGGGACAACAUUUACAUCCCAUUAAAAAUACUGUCAAACAAAUAUCACUACAGCGAUAUCGUCCAGGCGACGAACAAUUUUGCGGAGGAAAAUAAAAUUGCCAAAGGAGGAAAUGGAGUUGUUUACAAAGGAAUGUUAAAAAGUUGCAUAAGUGUAGCCAUAAAAGUGUUGCAUAAAAAUGAAAACAACGGUUUCGAAAAUGAAGUUAUAAUCAUGAGCAGAUACAGACAUAAAAAUAUUUUAUCGCUACUUGGGUACGCCGUAAAUCCAAACUAUUUUUAUUUAAUUUAUGAGUAUGUUCAUUUGGGAGACUUACGAACGCUUUUGUUUAACCAUUACUAUUUUUAUAGUGUGAGAGAUAGAGAAAAUGCAGAGGCACAUGUGGCUUGCAAUGUGAAGAAACAGGGUAAUCCUGAAUUUUCUUCUUCAAAGAAAAAAAUAUCCCCCUACGGAAAUAAUCACCUGUUAAUGAACAAACAGGGUGACCAUAGAAAUGGGAUGAAUAAUUUGAGAUUUUCUCUCCUUGCGCAUGAAUAUCUGGAGAGUACCCAACGCAUGCCUCUGUUCCUGUCCUUCAAUGUUAGGCUGAAUAUUCUCAUUCAGAUAAUAAACGUGCUGUGCUACCUGCACACCUCCUCGCCAAUCGUUUAUCACAGGGAUUUGAAGUCGGCCAACAUUUUGAUCGACGAGAAAUUCAACGCCAAGCUGGGCGACUUCGGACUUUCCUUCGUGUACAAGAAUAACAAUAAUGUGUUCAACCUCACGGGCGGCACCCCAGGGUACGCCGACCCGUACUACAUAUCCACGCACGAAAUAAACGAGCAAACAGAAAUAUACUCCUUCGGGGCGCUGAUCCUGGAAAUGCUGGUGUCCAAAUCACCCGCCGUCCACGUAGGGAAGAACUACAACUGCAUUUACAACACAAAUGACAAGUGCCCCAUCUUCUGUCACAGGAAGAAAAGCGAAAAUGAAGACAACGUAUUUGAUUACCUAGUCAAUCACAUAAACAUGAACGAUUACAAGUCAAUCUAUGCUGUCCUGGACCACAGUGUCCACUUCCCUGAAUUCCUUGUUGAAAAGUUAACUAAACUCUCCUUCUUAUGCUUAAACCCAAAUAUAAAAAAUAGGCCAUCUUCCAAAUUGGUUAACUUAAUCCUACUGGAAAUACAAAAGGAGAGUGAAUUCUACAUCAAACAACAGAACGAAUUGGUGCAGAAAAAAAUCAGCUGCACUAGUGUGAGGUUGGACGAUUAUCAGAAGGGGGAAGAGUGUGCCAAAGUUGGGAUGCAAAGUGAUGGAGCGCAUAUGAAAGAAGGAAAAAGUGGAAACGCCGAUGGGAACGGAAAAGUCCAUACCAGUGAAAAAAAGGAGAAGGGUAAAAACACACAGCAGGAGGGAAACGAACCAAACCGUGAGAGCUAUGCGAAUAGGAAGGAAGAAAUAAACUACGAUAACGUUAAAGAAAUGUUUUUCAAAUUUAUGUGUGCUGUAUUUGGGGGUGGCCAAGUUGACCAUCUAGACCAAGGGAGGAACAGCAUUACGAACGACGAAGAUGUAGACAAAAAAUUACGCGCUGAUUUGAGCAUCGAAUUUUAUACCAACCUUUUUAAGGCAUUCCUUGAUGCGUGCGCGGACAGGAGUCGAAAUACACAAGUGACUAAUGACCAGGAGAGAAACGAACAGGAGCACAUCCACAGCUCACCGUUCAAGUACAACACCGUUGGGAACUUAACUCAAAUGAAAAACUUCUUUUUCGAUAAGCUACACAAGGAUGUAUUUUUUAAAAAUCACGUCUUCAAUUCCUUUUCACUUAAUUUAAUGAAUUGCUACUUUGCGAGGUUCAUUCGUGACUACUUGCAAAAUUGUGGCAGCGCACGAGGUUUGGAGAGUCUAGCGGUUGGGAAGGUAGCUGCUGGGAAGGGAUCCCUCAUUGGGGGAACCACGGAGGACCCACAGGGAAGCGCUACCAACCAGUUCCAACUCGGAAGUUGCGCCAAUCAGAAACGCUUCGGACGUGCCCUCAAUGAGUGCCCUUUUGGAAGUGUCUCCAGUGAGUGCCCCUUCGGAAAGGCCGCUUCCCCCUGCAAUGCAAACGAGUCUAGCCAGCAGAGCAGAGCGCCGAACUGCGGACUGAGGAGGGUAGGGGCCGACGAGGACGUGCACAUCCCCUCCAACAUUAAGGGACCAGUCCAGGUGACGCCUCUGAGGGCGCAACCCAUCGAGGGGGAUGGAAGCGGGAAAGGAUGCGAGAACAGAAGCGGCAGCGGAAAUGGAAGCCGAAAUGCCAGCGAAAAUGGCAACCGAAAUGGCAGCCGAAAUGGCAACGGCGGUGGCAAACUCCCGGACGCGCUCUUAUCGGAAGGCCAAAAUUGCAGAAUGAGGAAUAAAAACGCGAACGAAGACAGCACAUUUUUGAAGCAAGGGGGGGAGCCCCCAGGGAAGGCGCAAAAUAAAAAGCAUGACUGCUAUCCCCCUGCUUGCAUCGACCUAAUGAAGAAUAGCUAUCGCGCAGGAGAUCCCUUCCAACGAAAUAGCGACGAUCCAGGGGGAGACCACGCGCAAAGAAAUAAGCCCCCCAUGGCUAUGCACAGAAAUAAUGGAAAAAACAAAUGUAACCUUGUCAACAAUGCAAAUGCAGUUAGUCGGAGUAGCCAUCAGAACCAGGGAUCUCCAGACAGCAUGUACCCGAAUCAACAAAACAUCACAGACUAUGAGAAGGGAAAUAAUUGUCGUGAUGCUAAUAACCUCGUGAUAGGGAGAAAUUCUCAAGGGCUAUGCAAAAACGACACCUUUGGUCAAACGCAGCAGAGUGGACAGAAUGCCAUAGCCAAUUUCGAAGAUAUGAUGAGCUUAUACAGUUCGCCCGUCCUGCAAAAUGAGAAGAAGCCGCAACAGAACACGGGUGCGAAUAAGUGGCCUUUGAAAAGGAACUGCGGAGAGAACCCACCCAAGGUGGACUUGAGCAUCGCGCAGGAGCAGCAGCAGCAGCUCCCGGGGCAGAAGGAACAGGGGAUAAAUGACAAGAAGAUGAUGCGCAUGAACGUCGCUGUGGAGGAGGGAAAGGGGAGUGGGAGCUUUGGCGCCCGCAGAGGGGGACCGCGACGGGGGUGUGGGUUGUCAAGCGGGAUGGUAGGCGGCGUGAGUAGCGGAAGGGGCUACCACAGAGGAAGUAACCGAGAUAGCCUGCGCGACGACGGAGGCACGCCCCAGAGGAGGGGACCACGAGAGAACAACGUCGUUCACAUCUCCAACUUUGCAAACUACCUAAACUUCGACCGAAACAAAAGUGGAGUCGACUCCAACGCAUUCGAGUGGUUCCACAAAAACGUCUUCGAAUUGGUAAUCGAAGAAAACAAAGUAAUAUCAGAGGUAACCUUUCUAGACAUUCUCUACGAAUUCAAUAUCUUUACAUUCAAGAAAAACAGCAUUCUUUCAAAUUACGCCACAUUGUAUGGGUUCCCAUUGGGGGGGGACACAACUCAGUCCCCAUCCCCAGGUAAGUACUCUCUUAGUGGAAAAUGGUCAAACUAUGCAAACGUAGAAAAUAAUUUCAUUACGGAUAAUUUAGCAAAUGAAUUUUUUUUCGAAAUAGCUGUUCACCACGAUAUUGUGAAGAAGACACACACAGUGUUUCUCCUAAAAUCCAACCGAUCCAAUCAUCAUAUGUGUAACGACAGCGAAAUUGUUUUAAAAAAAACGUGGGUGUCAGAUUACGUUGGAAGAAGAAACGACUUUGUUGAAAAAAUUUUAAAAAAAUCCAUUUCGAACAUGCUGUAUGAAUGUAUAAGUCGCAAACAUUGCUUGUUUUUGCUUCAGGUGCAAAUGAAAAAGUUAAGGAGACCCACCAUUUAUAGCGAUGUCAGUGGAACGAGGAGGGAAGAAGGCUUCUCCUACUACUUGUUCGAAUACAACCUCCGAGUUGUGUGCAACAGUGACAACUGCAUUUUUUCGAACAACUACAUUUUGUAUAAGAAUAAUAUUUACUCGUAUACUCUCCCGUGUAACACCCUCUCCCUGCUAGUGUUUUCGGAGAACCAAAUAAUGAAGGGCGGGGGGUCUCCAGGGAAGCACUCGCCCCUCACCAGGCAGGUUGUGCACUUCCCCCUCUACCCCUUCUUCGUCAAUAUAAACAUUUACAGUGAGCGAUAG